AUUUCCAUUUCUUUUCCACCAGAAGAAUCAGCAGCAGCCCAAAAUCUCUUUAUCGGACAGGUGCCUCACUCCCUCUCUCUCCUCGUCUCUUUCUGGUCGUCCUCUCUCUCUCCAUUCUCUCCAUUUGUUGCUGUUUUCCAUUUACGGGUAAUUUGAUGCUUGAAAAAGAGUAUAUAUUUGGGGUUUAGUGUGAAACAAAAAAAGAGCACAACCUUCAGCAGAGUAAAAAGGGCAUGUCCGAUCCACAAAGCAGGAGGGAAAAACCCAUUCAGCUCAGAUCUACGAGUAUUAUACACUUGGGGAGCCUUUCUUUUUGAAAUUCUUAUCUGGGUCUGAAGCGGUGGCUUUUUAGGCUUCUGCCCCCUGUUGGGUACUUUUGAUGAUACCUGGGUUUGAAUUUAGGGUUUCUGAAAGAUGGGUUUAGGUGCUGAUGGUGAAAAGGGCGAGUCUUGGGAGGUGGGAAAAUCAAAGAGUAGUAAUAGUACUAGGAAGAAGAAGAAAGAGGAGGAGGCUACCGGGUGUUGGGUUAGAUUGAGGUUUGUUGGCAGCUGUUUCUCUUCAAGGUCUAAAGUGGAUAGUUCUGUUAGUGGCAUCAGUACUCAUUGCGCAGAAAGUAAAUCUCCCAAUGAUACAAGCGUAGACCACCCCAUUGCUCCAUUAGUACCAUCAACAACCACUAGUAAUGCAAGCAAUUCAUCCACUUCCAAACUAGAAGAGGAACUCAAAGUUUCUUCACGGCUUCGAAAAUUCGCAUUCAACGAUCUUAAAUGGGCAACGAGAAACUUCAGACCGGAGAGUCUUCUUGGUGAAGGUGGUUUCGGUUGUGUAUUCAAGGGUUGGAUAGAAGAGAAUGGAACUGCACCAGUGAAACCUGGCACCGGACUUACUGUCGCUGUGAAGACCCUAAACCAUGAUGGGCUUCAGGGUCACAAAGAAUGGCUGGCUGAAGUAAGUUUUCUUGGCGACCUCAUUCAUCCUAAUUUGGUGAAGUUGAUUGGUUACUGCAUUGAAGAUGAUCAACGGUUGCUAGUGUACGAGUUCAUGCCUCGAGGAAGCUUGGAGAACCACCUUUUUAGGAGGUCACUGCCUCUUCCAUGGUCAAUCAGGAUGAGAAUUGCUCUUGGUGCUGCAAGGGGCCUUGCUUUUCUUCAUGAGGAAGCCCAAAGACCAGUUAUAUAUCGAGAUUUCAAAACUUCUAACAUCCUACUAGAUGCAGAUUACAAUGCCAAACUUUCUGAUUUCGGACUUGCUAAGGAUGGUCCUGAGGGAGAUAAGACUCACGUCUCUACUCGUGUGAUGGGUACUUAUGGUUAUGCGGCUCCUGAAUAUGUGAUGACAGGCCACCUUACAUCAAGGAGCGAUGUAUAUAGCUUUGGUGUUGUCCUGCUCGAAAUGCUAAGCGGUAGAAGAUCGAUGGACAAAAACCGCCCUAAUGGGGAACACAACCUAGUGGAGUGGGCAAGGCCACAUCUAGGAGAGAGAAGAAAGUUCUACAAGCUAAUAGACCCCCGCCUUGAAGGCCACUUCUCCAUAAAAGGUGCCCAGAAAGCCGCACAGCUGGCGGCCCGCUGCCUUAACCGGGACCCAAAAGCCCGGCCUCUCAUGAGCGAAGUUGUGGAAGACCUGAAGCCACUCCCAGGCCUCAAGGACAUGGCCAGCUCAUCUUAUUACUUCCAGACCAUGCAAUCAGACAGGGUCGGAUCGAGCCCGAAUGCUCGAAACGGGCUGAGAAAUCAGGCUGGAUCCUUUUCUAGAAAUGGGCAGCAGCAUCCGAGGAGUCUUUCGAUACCGAAUGGUUCGCAAGCUUCUCCUUAUCAUCGCCAGUUUCAGCUGAAUUCGCCGAAACCAAAUGGUAAACCCUAGUGUUUGGGUGGGUUGUUGUCUGUUACUUGUAGCCAUCCCCUUUCUGCUGACAUUUGUAUUUUUUUUUCUUGUUUUUUUCCCUUUUUCCGAAAUGGUAUUCUAUUGUGUGGGAGUUGGGGGAGUGGAAAGGGGAAAAAAGGGGAAUGCGUUGGCAUUAUGUUAUCUUUCCAGUGAGGACCGUAAGGUGGGGUUGUAGUUUAUGGAGCAAAGAGGAAUGUCAACCACAUUUUACGUAUGUAUUCACAAAUGUUAAUGAUGAACUCUCUCUCUCUCUC